AUGGACAGCCUGCUUGAGCUGCUCAAGGACACAUCUGGUCGCCGACUGGCCCUGCUGGAGGAAGAGCUGGAGACGCUGGGGCGUGAUGCGCUCUCGUAUUCAGAUGAUUUCUUUUCAACAAAAGCCAAGAGGUAUCCGGCCAGUCUAUUUUCCCACGAAAAACUAUUCGAGAUAUCAUGUUCUGUAUUGAACCAUUUCAAGGGCUUUGCCAAGGGUGACAAGCCCAAUGAUUCUUACACCAAUGCCGCCGAUAAAGAUGAUCCUCUCUGGACGUCGCGAGCCCUCCAAGACCCUUCCGAGGUCAAGAAGAGGCUGUACACGUCCUUGAGACAGUUGGAAAUCUAUGAGCAAUUUCUCCUGUGGCAACUUGACAUCAGGCAUGCUUCAACGAUCAACAGGCAUUUGGGACUUGAUGAGCAGUACCAGCAGUACCUCAGCAACUACAGGACCAAGUCUCAACACUUUCUGGAUGUAAGGGAGUUCUUGGGGCACGGGAUCUCGUUCGAGGAGGCAUGGAUAGCAGACCGCUCCUUGACCCUCGCGACAAUGUACGAGGGUGGUGAGAAAUACCUGGACCUCUAUGGAUACUUUGGCGCCGUCGAGAAGUGGGCAAGAUAUAAUAGUUCAAUCAAACAGCCGCCGCACCUCUUGCCAUCGCCCGAUGAGCAGGACCCGUGGUCUACCUACCUCGAGUUUCUUCACUAUCACUCAUUGUGCCAAGAGGCAUCUGAUGAUAGAGUGAUUGCCCUCGAGAUGGACAUGUCCAGUGAGUGGGCAAUCCUGGCACAAGAAAACCUGCUUCAACCCACGGAUACGGCCCUCUCACUUGUGUACCGCCUUGAAGUGCAGGAGGAUCUGCCGGAAGCAAACAGAGCCCUUUCGUACGAAAAGUUUCUUUCCUCGUGGAAGCGCCUACGUCAAGGUACCGAAGUCGCCGAUUAUCAGUCCGCGAGUCUGGGCUGGGCUUGGGAUAUGAUGGAUUCAUUUGUUGGCAAAUCUUAG